AUGAUGUUCCCCGGGCUCCUGGCGGCACCCGCGGGGUACCCGAGCCUCCUGCGGCCCACGCCCACCUUGACGCUGCCCCAGUCCCUGCAGUCCGCAUUUUCCGGCCCCUCGAGCUUCCUCGUGGAGGAUCUGAUCCGCAUCGGCCGGCCCCCCACUUACCUGCCCCGGACCUCAGACCUGGGCUCCCCGGGCACCCCGGGCACGGGCGGCCGGCGCAGCUCUCUGCAGACUGCCCUCUCCCCUGCCAGCGAACCCACGUUUCUGAAGUUUGGGGUGAACGCCAUCCUCUCCUCGACGCCCAGAACAGAAACCUCCCCCGCCCUACUCCCGAGCCUGCCUCCCAAGACGUUCGCCUUUCCCUACUUCGAAGGCUCCUUCCAGCCCUUCCUCAGGUCCUCGUAUUUCCCAGCGUCCUCCAGCGUCGUGCCCAUCCCAGGCACCUUCUCUUGGCCGCUGGCCGCCCGCGGGAAGCCGCGCCGCGGGAUGCUGCGCCGGGCGGUGUUCUCCGACGUGCAGCGCAAGGCGCUGGAGAAGAUGUUCCAGAAGCAGAAGUACAUCAGCAAGCCCGACCGCAAAAAGCUGGCAGGCAAGCUGGGCCUGAAGGACUCGCAGGUGAAAAUCUGGUUCCAGAACCGGCGCAUGAAGUGGCGAAACUCCAAGGAGCGCGAGCUCCUAUCCAGCGGGGGCUGCCGCGAGCAGACGCUGCCCACCAAACUCAAUCCGCACCCGGACCUCAGCGACGUGGGCAGCCCCGGCAAACCUUCGGACUUCUCCGACUCCGAGGACCAGGGAGAGGAGGAGGAGGAGGAGGAAGAGGAGGAGGAAGAGGGGGUGGAGGAAAUCACCGUGUCCUAG